AUGUUCUCCCCGACGACCAACAUUGGCGCGCAGCCCAUCAAAUUCGGCCCCUUUGAGGUGACGAAUCAAGUCUUCCUCAAAACUGAUCAUUCUUUUGCCGUUGUCAAUCUAAAACCUCUGCUACCGGGCCACAUCCUUGUCUGUCCACUGCAGCCGCAUCGUCGCCUGGCAGACCUCACACCAGCCGAGACAGGCGAUCUCUUCACGACGGCCCAACUGACACAGAAGCUGUUGGGAAGGGCGUACUUCCCCGCGCCCCACGAUGCUACGGCAGGGAGCUUCACGGUGGCCGUGCAGGACGGCCCUGAGUCGGGGCAGACAGUGCCGCAUGUCCAUGUGCACGUGAUACCAAGGACAAAGGGGGACAUGGAGCAGCCCGAUGAGAUUUACGGCGGCUUGGCGAGUGAGGAUGGCAAUGUUGGCGGUGCGCUGUGGGAUAAGAUGCAAAGACCGAAGCCAGGAGGCAGCAUGCCCAAGAUCGAAGAUGCCGAUCGCAAGGCGAGGACGGAGGAGGUGAUGAUGGAGGAAGCUGAAGGCUUCAAGGCGAAGUUGCGGGAGAUGGGCAUCGAAUAG